AUGAAACCUUAUUCAAUCGACUAUCGACCGAUAACAAGGCAACAAUAUUCACUUCCACAAUCGCAACAACUAUCUUCGUCAAGAAGUCCGUCCCCACCUCAAUAUUAUACCGGAAAUGAUGAUAACUACGAGCAGAAAUUAGGGUCCGGACGAUCAGAAUCACCAAUUGCCGAUCGUGACGGGUGGCAAUUUCGUCCACCUCAUCAUGGUCAUAUCAUAACAAAAGGCGAAAUGAUUAAUCGAAUUGUACCCUAUUACGAAAUGUUUGCCACUAAUGUCUUUCUUCUGGGAUACAAAGUUCUCGAUAAUGCUUACCAAGCAGUCAACGGCAGCACAUACCGGAUAGUAUUAUUCGAUGCAUGCACCGAUCGUUGGAAAAUUCCCGAAUUCGAUUUCUGUGCCGCGUCACAACUGGUGUGGGGAUUAGUAGGCGGCGCCCUAGUUUACUUUAUCGUGACGGGAUUAGUCGCGAUUGGUAUAGCCAUAGAACUUCGUCGCAAGGGAUUCCAUUCGUCAUUUACCGCGCUAUGGCAUUCGCCGCUUUUUCUGCUUUGUUUCCUUUUUCCGGACACUAAGCGCGUAGAUAUUCUUAGUAUCCCCAAUAAAUAUGUGAAAUUAGCGCGUUGGACGCGUGCUCACAUACAGCGAAUUGCGAUGGCCAUUUAUUCGUUCGUUUGCGUGGUUUUGGUGUUUAAAUCCUUGGCUCACGGAACUGCUGAAACAUCUCGGAUCAACGGAGAGAACUUGAAUGGAUAUAAAAAAUAUUAUAACCCGUAUUUAAUCCCGUAUUAUGUCGCAUUAUACAUCUUUUUCAAAACACUUACGACCAUGGUAAUUCGCAUCUUUCAAGAUAAACAUAUUCGAAAUCGACCUGAAUUAAUUGGACGUUAUUACCAAGCAAUCAAAUCCGAUAAAUAG